GCCACUCAGGGGCAGAUUUUCUUAUUUUCCAUCAGUUGAUUUUAUCGUAUGCCAUAGUUAAACUGACACUGAGUUGGUCCUGAUAGGCUAGCAAUGUUAAUUUGAUCUUUUAGUGAUUACGUUGUUACAUGGCUAUUCCUUCAAGAGCACAGAAAACACUUGAGGUUAUUUAUGUACUUUAUUCAAAACAGUUCAAUCGCAUUUUCCUCACUCAGAUAGAUUUCCAAAGUGACUCACAACAAGUAAUUAAAGCACUGAUAUGAUUUAACCUUCCCUCUUAAUGAAUGGGUCCUCCAAACUGUCAACUUUGAUCCAGUGUCCACCAUCAGUAGCUUUACAUAAUGGCAUCACAUAUUAAUCACAUUACAGUUCUUCAGUUAGGUGUAUUACCUUGUACAGGGGUUUUGUGAUGCUUUUUUACCACACCUGUUGGUUCUGCUAGUUCUUUGGACUAGUACAAACAGCUUGGCAGAUCUCUCUUUUGGGUGCCAAUUCAGUAUGUGUGAUUCCAGAUGCUUCUCCUAAAAGCAUUCUUGAGUGCACAUGUCCAUUAUUGUUCUGACGAGGUGGCAAGCAAACCAUAAUCAUGAGUGAGCCAAAGAAGGAAAGGGGCUAGCAGACAUAUUACAUUUUAUGCAGAUCAUACUAAAUCUAUUAGUAUUUAGAUCAUUCUGAUCAUGUUUGAGCCAUAGUUCUCAACAGGCUGCUUAUUACAAGGGAGGCAUUUUUGGAUGAUACCCUGUAUUUAGAAACAUUCACCUUUUGUGAAAUCAUCUGUCCUGGAACACUCUUGUUAUAAAUAUUAUGUCAUAAAGCGAGAUCUGGUCACUUGACAAAAGAGAUCUGAAACAUUUAAUUUUUUGCUGAUGAAUACCUUUCUCUUAUUAGUAAGUUCUCACAAGCAGCGAGGGUAUGGCUGAAUGAUCUGAGAUAGAUUACUUUUGUUUUAAGCAUUGUUUUAUUUCUUUAGCAAUGUUAAUGUAGUAAUUAUUGCAACUUGUCAAGCUCUAAAAUGAGAGGCUCUGAAAAAUGACAGACCAUUUUUAAACAGGGUUUUUGUUGAAUGACAGCCUUGUACAACAAAUUUGGUGACUUACUCCAGAGCUGCUGAAAAUUUCAUAUAGAACUUCACUGGCUAAAGUUGAAGCCCAACUGUGCAACAAGUUAUGAUUUUCAGAUUUACACAGGAUUUUCACGGGCAGGAAUUGACUUCUCAGCAAAAACAAGAAGUUGAUUUCUUCAAACUCUGUUUUGCCUUCCCUGUCUGAGAAUUGUUGGUACUGACUGAUUGAAUCCCCCCCCCAUGACAUCAUGACAGCAUUUCCCCACAUUUGCUUUAGAAACCUUUCAUUAAACAAAGCAACUGUGUUUGAAGUUCUUAUAACUGGCAGUCUCAGACUUUCAGUUGCAGAAUUUUGUGCCCUUGUGAUUGAUUUUUACAGCUGUUCAGCUGUGGUCUAUUUUUUUAUAUUUUAGUAAUCUUCUUAGAACCGAUAAGUUACGUAGUGGUAUGAAGCAAAGAGCAAGAUAGGCAGUCUCCCAACAGCAAUACUCACUAGCCUGCCUCUGCUUGGGGAAGGUUGUAUGUUAAUGUUUGUUCAGUCUAAUAGGAAUGUUCUUAUUCUGAAUACUACAACCAAAAGGGCUUAUUUUUUCCCUUGUCUUGAAAAUAUUGCUGGUAUUGCUAGCCCUAGGAGCUUCAUAAUGUUUGAUCCUAAAAAUUACAAGAUGUGAUUUUAGGAUUCAAACUUUUAUAAAUAUAUGAUGUGCAGUGAGCUAAUAUUGUUGUAAAAGUUAAAGCUGCCUGUUUUAAUCUCUUAGCAUGUUCCUCUUUAGAUCUCCCUGCCCAUUAACAAUGAACAGUAAACCUGUCACAAUAAGUCUGCAGAAACAUUUUGUGCUGAAUAUGUUAAACAUUCAGAAAUAAAAUGCUAUUAGACAUAACUUUCUUUCUGCCUCACAGGCAUCAUCUAGCCCUUUAAUAUUAUCAUGGCUGUUGUACUGCAAAUCCAUCAUGUUAGGUGUGCAAAAUGUGGGAUUUGAAACAUGGACAAACCCCAGUGCUUGUGUGUAAUAUAUCUGGAUUAUUUUGAUGAUGUUGUUUUAAUCUGAAGCAGAAAUGUUCUAAAAAUUAAAAAAUUCUAGGAAACUUGGGUCAGUAUUUGUCACAGCAAACUGUCGUUUGGUUGACACAGCAAACUGUCGUUUGGUUGAAGGGUUCCCAAACCAAGAAGCUUUCAGUUGUGUUCUGUAAGUGAGAGGUGGAAAGUAUGUAAGCAUGGCAAGCUGCGCGUGAGCCUUUUAUGAACCAACAGCUUUAUUGGGAUAUCUGAGUGUAACUAAAUUGUCACUAGCUAUACUUGACCAAUAUAGGAUUGUGGAGCAGUGAAAACCUUUAAAAGUCUGAGAGAGGGAGAGACAGUUAGAGAAUAGUCAACACAGAUAAAGUAGUGAAUAAAUAUGCUCCAUACCCAAGUGGAAGGCAACCUGAGGAUACAGAUGAAAAAGAUGGACUAAGUACCAUUCCAGUAUAACGGAGAGGUUUUUGGCAGGGUAUGGUACAAAAGCUACUCCUUGAUGCUAGAGAGACUCCAGAAGGCUAAACUCUGGAAAUUCUGCUUCAUUAUUCUCUGGCCUGUGCUUCUCUGUGGCAAGAUGCAGGUAACAUCAAAAGGGGCCAGCUUAAAUCCUAAUGCAAAAGUAUGGCAGGAAGGCAUGCACGGAAACUCAGAAGUUGCCCCAGGAACUAACAGCACUGAGCACUCAUGGCAAGAGACAACAGCUGUGCCAGGAAGUUGUACAGAGGGUAAUACUGAAGUUGCAGAUGAUGGUGCUAAGCAGUAUGAAGCGAUGUAUCCAUCUUGUGAACCAUCAGACAGUUCCAAUGUUGAGGAAUCGGCUGCUAACGGGAUGGUCUUGACACCGGAGGAUCUUGGAUACCAACUCUAUGAAGUUCCUGGUGAAGGCAGCCCUAUAAUUUCUCCAGAAGACCUGAAAGAAUGUUUGAAGAAACAACUAGAGUUCUGCUUCUCACGUGAGAAUCUAUCCAAGGAUCUUUACUUGAUGUCUCAAAUGGACAGUGAUCAGUUUAUUCCAAUAUGGACAAUCGCCAACAUGGAAGGAAUUAAGAAACUGACAACAAAUAUGGAUCUUAUUGUGGAAGUACUGAGAUCUUCUCCUAUGGUCCAAGUAGAUGAACGAGGAGAAAAAGUUAGGCCAAACCACAAACGAUGCAUUAUUAUUCUCCGUGAGAUUCCUGAAACAACACCUAUAGAGGAGGUGAAGGCAUUGUUUAAAAAUGAAAGCUGCCCCAAAGUGAUAAGUUGUGAGUUUGCUCACAACAACAGCUGGUACAUUACAUUCCAGUCAGAUACUGAUGCACAGCAGGCAUUUAAAUACUUACGGGAAGAAGUUAAAACCUUUCAGGGCAAGCCAAUAAUGGCCAGGAUAAAAGCCAUCAACACAUUUUUUGCAAAGAAUGGAUACCGGGUUCUGGAUUCCAGUGUUUAUUCUCAGCCUGUUCAAACACAAGCACCGUUUGCCUCACCAGUGUUUGUGCAGCCUGUGUAUAGUCCGCAGCAGUACUCCAUCUACAGCAUUGUGCCUCAAACGUGGACUCCAAACCCUGCACCUUACUUUGAAACACCUUUGGCUCCCUUUCCUAAUGGUGCAUUUGUGAAUGGCUUCAGUUCGCCAGGAUCAUACAAGGCAAAUGCUGCUGCUUUGAAUAUAGGACGUCCAUUCCAUAGAAACCGCAUGAAGCCUCCUUCUCGGUUGUCAAGUAGCUCCGAACACUCUGCAGAAGCAACAGCCGCUGUCAGUGUAGUGUCAGGGGAAGGACAACUGCACAGAACCACCUCAAGGAACUUUCAAACAGAACGGCAAGCAAAUACACUAUCAGGACUUCAAGAACAAAGCUAUUUACCGAAGGAUUCUUCCGUCUCUCACAUAGAACAAAACGGAGACUAUGGCAGAGGCAGGAGGACUGUUUUCAGAGGUCGGAGAAGACGGGAUGAUGACAGACAUUCACGACCCCAGCCUUCAGUUGAAACCAAGACUUUGACACCAAAGUUUGACUUGCUAGCCUCAAAUUUCCCUCCCUUGCCUGGUAGCAUGGUAAAAACUCAAGAAGACCCAGUUUUGGCAAGUAGGAUGUCAGAUAUUGUCAAAGGAAUAAGCAAAGAAAAGGUACCUGCUGAAAACAAAGAGGUGACUGUUAUUUGUCCAGCAUCUACUCAGGAAGAGCAGGGCCAAAACCCUGUUCAUCCUGCCAUGAGCACCAGUUCUCUUUGUAGGAUUGAUGUUCCUGGAUUAAGUGCCACUCAUCCAGAUAACAAGCUAGAAGAGGUCAAUUUGCAGAAAGAGGCUGCAAGCCAGACUUCUCCACCCUCAUCUGUAUCCCCCCUUAGUGUGGUAAAGCCACCCAGGACAAAUGCCACUUCAUCCACAACCAAUGCAAACACAAUGCCUACUGUGACAGUACAGGAACCUCGCAAGCUCAGUUAUGCUGAAGUCUGCCAGAAGCCCCCAAAAGAGCCAGCUCCUGUUCCUGUCCAGCCACUUAGGGAGCUACGUACAAAUGUUGCUUCCCCUGCCAAAGCAGAAGAAAACGGCACCCAUGAAAAGGCAGGAGAGAAAGCCCAUGAAAAUCCUGAAGGGCGGGUGAAAGACUUUGCUGUUUUCAGAGGCACCGGGCCUCCAAAGGGAGCGGCAGGAAAAAUCAGGGAACAGAGACGCCAAUGUGGACGUAGGUCUUCUCCUCAGGGAGCACCUCGGCGUGUCGGCAAGGAACAAUAUGUGCCACCACGAUCACCAAAGGAUAACUGAUCAAACUUUUUAUUUAAUCAGAACUAUGGAUUAAAAGAGCAAUGGAGGAAAAACUGGCCAGCUGUGAGAAACGUAAAAUAUGGGAAAAGUGGACACUAAAUUCAAGAGCACAGGGUUUGCAGUGUGAGAGAGCUUGAAAGAGUCCCAAUAUUCAUCUCUAACUGAUAUGAAAUGCUGGAUGAAUUGAAUCAAUAUAAAUAUGUGAUAAAGAUUAUAAUUUUUGUAAAAUUUUUUGUGUUUAAUUUGCAGCAGGAUUCCUGCCUGAAAUAGAUUCUGGGGAUAUGAAUUAGUUUGUUGAAAAUGAGGAACAAAUACACCCGUUAGCAUGUUCCUCAAAUGUAGAAAGAGGGGCAAAAUAAUAUUUUUUGGGGGUGGGGGAAAGUGUUUCUGUAAAAGUUAUAAAUUACUUUUUAAAAUCUAUUUAAUGUAUGGCUUGUAGGAUGAUGCGUAUGCCAUAAUGGCCUUGCAUUACAAAUCAGCCCCGAAACUGACAUGCUUGGUCAGUGUGAAUGAGUGUAGCCACAAACUUGUAUGUCAUGAUUUAGUCACUGAUGAUAACUGAAUGUACUACUGUAGUAUUUUUGUGUUUGAAAAUGUAGUCUUUGAGCUUACUAAUUUUGGUCGACUUUUAAAGCUACAUGAUUUUACUUUUGAGUCUACAUACAGCAAGAUUAGUGAACAGAAAUAGCAGGCAAGGUUUUUAAUUUGUUUGUGCUUUUUCUUUAAUUAGGGGCUGAAUUGGCUCCCCCACCCCCCACUGCUUUUGUAUUUUCUCUCAACUUUAUUACAGAAUUAUGCACAUCUAGCUGGAAUUAAUGUUCCAGUACUGAUGCAGGUCUGAUACAGGAAAGGUGAAAACUGCACAGUAAAUAUUCUCUUGGUAUCACAUAUAAUGAACCUGGACUUUGAACUGUUGAAUACGUUAUAGAAGUGUGGCAAAUCCACUUGAGGUCUGAGUUUUAUCAAACCUAGACUGACCUCUGCAGAGUGGCUUUCAUUGGUAUACUGAAAAAGCUCUUUUUGCUCAAAGACACUUCAUACUAUACUGGAAAUCAGGUUUUCUUCAGUGGGGAGAUUUUUUUAACAGCAAAAUUUAGUAACGUAUGUUUCCCCAAUUACUAGAAUUGAUAGCUGUGAAAAUGUUUAGGUUACUUUGGAGAACAUUGGAGAGGACUUUUACAUAGCUUUUGUGUUAAUGAGAUUAACAACUUUAUUGUCUAACAAGCAGUCUGGUUUACAAGAUGGUAACUGUAGUUGGCAAGAGAAGGAAUAGGAGAAGGUCAGCAUGUUAAUCUGCCAAAAUUCACAUGCUAGGGUUCAAGGUUCUGUAUUAAAGUGUAUGUCUUGCAACAGUAUAUCUAUUUUCUCAGUUGAUAGAAAAUAUGUAAAUCUAAAGUAGUUAAUUGUGAACACUGGAAAACUCCAUUGCAAGAUACCACCAAACAUCUUAUUUGUAUAUGCUAGUGAUGACUUUAAAAUGUCAGUGGCAGAAAAAUAACUGUGAAAAUGUUCAUCUUCUGAUUUCUUAGCCAAAUAAUCCUUGGCAAUUUCUUACUCAGUAGGCAUUCUCUAUCAAUGGCUUUGAGAACACUCAUAUCUAUUUUUUUAAGGAAAUAUAUAUAUAAAGUCAGAUUUGUCAUUUCUCUAACUUAUUAUUCGGCUUGGCAAUCACCUUUUUGAUUUGAGAAGUGUAUAUGUACUUAUGCAGUUAGUUGUUUUUUUUUUACAUCUCAUUAAUCAUUUUAAAAUACCUGUGCUGGGUUAGGUAACCUUUAACUUUACAUAAAUCAUUGAUGACGUCUGUUAACACUCUUUUGGCUGGCUUAUAAUGGACAUAACCCACAAAAGGUAAAAAUAUUUGAAGUGUUAAGAACUCUGCAAAAUGUGUAGAAGACUAUUUGAAAAUGUUUUUAAAGAUCAUAAAUCUAAUUAUUGCACUUGGGAUGGAAAAACGUACUGAACAACUGCAGAUAUGUUUAGGGUAGACAUGCACUGCGCCACUGCAAAUGAACAAUGUCUCUGAAUUAUAAUAGAUGUCUGGAGUCCUGAAAGAGAAAAUUGCAGUUCAGAAAGAAUGUGAUUUUUGGGAAACAGAUUAGUGAAAAUGUGAGUUGGCAGUGCUUGUGUACCCUAUGUAUGUGGCCAUGUUUGUGUGGAAUCUUCAAAGUCAGAAUAAUUUAAAAUGUAAUUUACUUUAUUGGAUGUUAAAAAAGCAACAGCUCACAGUCCUUUCUUGUGAGCCAAAGCACAUGACAUUUGGAAGGGAUGCAUGAAUCAUCCUGGAUAUAUGUGUGUGUAUGUGUGUGCAUGCCUGCAUUUUUCACAGCAGGUAAUGGUUCUUGUGCAAUGAAUGUGUAUAAGUGUGUAAAACAGCUUUUUCCAGUGUGAAAUUACUUGCCUAGGGGGCUCACUAUAACUCAAGUAUUUGAUAAUAGGCUGCUUAACUGACGUAGCAUUCCUUCCCCCCUCUUCCCCUUCACGUCAGUCUGUUACCGUGGAUGUCUAAACUUCGUUUAGAGGGAAUAACCAAGUAAAUACAAUUGCUAUAAAUUAAAAAUUGUAUUUGUUCAAAACUCCCUUCAAUCAUUGCACCAUUAGAAACAUAUCUGGGCUAGCUGCUGCUCUUAUUCAUUCUCACACAAUGCCUUGUGUUCCACUGAUCUCUCUUCCUACUUCACUCUAAAAACAAGAGUAAAACGUUGGGAACUAAAUUCAGCUGGAGCAAUUCCACUGUCUAAUUGUGAGAAUGUGAAUUGUGAUGGUGCCUGCUUUCUGCAUAGCUGUGCAUUGUUAGUGUUAAUGGGCAAGUCUUCAUUAUUAGGGUUGAGGGACGCAGACACUUAAACUAUUUGUAAAUCAUUUGCUACAAACAGCAUUGGAUGAAUGUAAAAUAUAUAUACCAGUAUAGCUAGUACUGGUAAACUUAACCAAAACCAACAUUUUCAUUCUAAAUGUUGCAUCAGUAGCGAUAGAGCUGCUGAUAGUAUUCAUCCAUAUUGCAUCACUGUUAACCAACCUGGUCCUGGUUCUUUCUCCUUAACAGUCAUCACCUGAGAUAUUUGCCUUUUAUACUUGGAAGUUUUAAUUUUUUUCGAAAACAACCAAGAAGGCAAAAACUGCAAAUAGCUUUCGGUUUCCUUUGUCAUUUGUUGGUGAUUUUUGAGUGGUAAUCUCUUUGUUAGCUAAACAUGUGUCUCUCCCCCACCCCUUUCAUCAGUAUUGGUAAAUAACUUUGGGUCACAUUACUGUAUGCCUGAUGUGGAAGAGAUGAAGUGGAAAUGGUUAAUUUGCAUGAGUUUUGCGUUCCUGCUUGUUUUCUUUCUGUAAAGUUAGCAUGGCAGAAUGUAAAACAGUAGGUUGAACUAGAUCCUUCUUAAUGACCAGAAGAAAACAAAUCUGAAAGUGGGGUAGAUCAGUAGCAAUUAAGUGACUGAAUGCUUUACUGUAGUUUAAAUAGCUAUGGCCUUACUACUUCAUCAAUAUCAACUAAAUGUCUGAAUAUACCCACUCUUUUUACUGUUACCCAAGUGAAUAUUCACUUGGGCUUAAAAUAUCUGCUACAAGUGUACAGAUUAUAAAUUUGUAAGAUGCAAAAUUGUAUACAGACAAGAUGCAAGAAAUGCACUUCAGGGUGUUGGGGGGGAAUCACUUAAACUUUUGUAAAUUCUUGAUUACAACAAAUAUGCAACAGAUUCUUUCUUUAAAUGUUGAUAUUUCCUUCUGAAAACUAUGAUUGUUGCCAUUAAUCUUCAAUGGUCUACCAUGCUCUUAUUUGUGUGUGUAUCAAUAUUACAUAGAGUGGGCUUCCUUAAGGAAGGUACAUUUGAUUUUUUUUUCUUGAUUUUUUUUCUUUCUCUUUUAUGGAUGUUUGUUGGAUUUUAAAGGGUCUUCUGCACAGACUUGGGAAGAGAUCAGUUGAGUGUAUUAAUGUGUACUUGGAAAGAUUUGGAAUGGGAGCUAAUCAUAUGGCUUGCUUCUGAAAAAAACAGUCUUCAAAAUAACCUGUAUCAACUUUAAUAAUUUUAUAUUCAAUAGCUAGAGAUGUUUAUUUUUAUGGAGAUUCAGUCAUGUAUAAAACCUCCUUCUCAAACAUACAUGAUUAGUGCACAAAUGACUUCUGUUUUAUAAGUCAAGCUGUUACUUCCGCAAGUUUUGACUUCCCAGUGACAUUUAGAGUCUCGCUUUUUGAAGUGAUGGGGCUCAGUUGAAAAUAUAAAAAAUACCUGGCUUCAUUGUCAGUUUGGUUUAUUCCUAUUGUCAAAGAUGUCUAAAACAACAGAAUUGUGUAAAGUAGGUUCAUGCUUAAUUGUUAAAAUUAUACAUGUAUUUGUUUUUUGACAUUGCCAAGGUGCUAUGGGAAAUUGAAAUAACUGUUAGAAGGAAAUAAUAAAAUCCACCUUAAAAGACA